GAGUUGCUAUGGAAACCAAGUGAUGACUUCAUCAAAAAAUCAAAUAUGUACAAGUUCAUGCAGAGGAUUAAUAAGAAGUUUGGUCUGCAGUUAGAGACAUAUCAAGAACUGCACAGAUGGUCCGUAGAUAACUAUCCUGAAUUCUGGGAGGAACUCUGGGAAUUCGCUGAAGUCAUUCAUUCCAAGAAAUAUGAUUAUGUUGUAGACAGGUCGAAAGGUAUUGCCGAUAUCCCUGCAUGGUUUCCUUGCUGUAGGCUGAAUUUCGCCGAGAAUCUACUUCGUCGUCGCGAUCAUAAGAUUGCUAUCUACGCUACUGUUGAAGGCUGUGCGGAGAUUCGAACACGUACGUUUGCAGAGUUGCACAGGAAUGUCGAGAGGUACGCCGCUGCCAUGAAAACAUUCAACAUUGGUGUCGGAGAUACCGUUGUCGGAUACCUUCCAAACAGUAUAGAGGCUGUUGAGGUGAUGUUGGCGGCUGCUUCCGUUGGAGCAACGUGGAGUAGUACCUCACCUGAGUUUGGUGUUUCGGGCGUUCUUGAGAGAUUCAGUCAGAUAAAACCCAAGCUCAUCUUCUCGAUCAAUGCAGUCACAUACAACGGCAAGCAACAUGAUCAUCUUGAAAAACUCUUCCAAGUCACACAGGGCUUACCGGAUUUGGUUUGCGUGGUUGUGGUGCCGUACUUGAAAAUUGACGGCCAGCCAAUCAACAUCUCGAACAUUAGGAACAGUUGUCUGAUUGAAGAUUUUGCACGAAAGGGCAUGAGGGCAGAUGGAUCUAUACCCCCACUGAUGUUUGAACAGCUGCCAUUCAACCAUCCACUCUUCAUCAUGUACUCCAGUGGCACUACUGGCAUCCCUAAGUGCAUGGUUCAUUCUUCUGGGGGUACGCUUUUGAAACAUCUGGAGGAACAUUUGUUGCAAGGAAAUAUGAAGGAAGACGACAUACUCAUGUAUUUCACCACCACAGGGUGGAUGAUGUGGAAUUGGUAUGUCUCAUCACUGGCUGUUGGCUCCUCUAUUGUUUGUUAUGACGGGUCACCACUCGUUCCUAAUGAGAAUGUUCUCUGGGACCUAGUCGAGAGACUCAAGAUCACAAUCCUAGGGACGGGAGCGAAAUGGUUAUCGUUACUGGAGGAACGUGGGAACAUUCCAGGCGAGUCACAUGAUCUGACCUCAUUACACACAAUCCUUUCAACCGGGUCACCUCUGAAGCCGCAGAGCUUCACUUACGUUUACGAAGCCAUCAAGCGUGACGUCAUUUUGGGAUCUAUCACGGGAGGUACGGACAUCAUUGCCUGUUUUGCUGGCCUCAACCCCAUGACCCCUGUUUAUAGGGGCGAGAUUCAGGGAGCCCACCUCGGUAUUGCUCUGGAAAGCUGGGACGAAGAUGGCAAGCCGGUAUUAGGAGAAAGCGGGGAGUUGGUGUGUACGAAACCUUUCCCUAGCAUGCCUAUCUAUUUCCUCAACGAUCCACAUGGCAGCAAAUACAAGGCUGCCUAUUUCGAGAAGUUUCCUGGUGUUUGGGCUCACGGCGAUUUUUGUCUCGUCAGUCCAUCGUCUGGCGGUGUUUGGAUGCUUGGAAGGAGUGAUGGAACGUUGAAUCCUGGUGGUGUGAGGUUUGGCAGUGCCGAGAUUUAUCACGUCGUUGAAAGUUUCAAGGAGGUACAGGACAGUUUGUGCGUCGGCCAGAAAAGUAGCGACGGCAUGGACGAGAGGGUAAUCCUCUUCCUCAAAAUGAUCCCUGGCAUCAAUUUGACCUCUGACCUCAUCAAGCAAGUUCAGGCCAGCAUUCGUAAACAACUUUCGCCUCGUCACGUUCCGUCUGUUGUCAUGGAAACUACUGACAUUCCGUACACGCAUUCGGGAAAGAAGGUGGAGAUAGCUGUGAAGAAGAUAAUAAGUGGAGAGAUGGUGAAGGCGUCCGGAGCCCUAUCGAACCCCCAGUCACUUGAUGUUUAUAGGGACCUCCCUAUUCUGCGGGGAUAUUAAAUUUGUUGUUUGCGUUGUUGUUGGUGGUGGUUGUUUGUGUGUUAUUGUAUUGCGUUUCAUGAUUUUUAUAGCGCCUGUUUUUAUCUAGAUUUCAGGAGAGCAUGUUUCCACUGUUGAAUGUUAUUGUCGUUUGCAAUAACUUGAUUCUUACAUGGAUCUUGAGUUGUGUUGUUGUGUCUGGUUUUUUG